AUGUGCCACAUCAGGCUGGUUAAAGAGGCGUUUGCUCAUCACAAUCAGCUCGCCCUCAAAGCCCAGAAAGAGAAACAGUCCAGACAAGAGAAGGAGAAGAAAGAGAAGACCGACAGAGCUGCUAAACUGAAGGAAGAGGAGAAGACGAGCAAGCCGGAUGCAGAGGAGCCCAGAAUCAAAGAACUCACAGAUGAGGAGGCCGAGAGACUCCAGGCACAAUUAAAUCAAACAAAAGAAGAAAAGACAAAUGCAGAAGUACCUGAGAAAACAGACGGCGAUACAUCAGAAAAAGACAAAAAAGGGUCGGACUCAGAAGGAGAGGAAGAUGAAAAGGACAAAGACAAGAUAAAGCCCAAUGCUGGAAACGGAGCAGAUCUUUCAAACUACCGCUGGACUCAGACCCUGUCUGAAGUGGAUGUGAGUCUUAUUUUUUCUUUGUGCACGGACCCCUGGUUGAGAAACGCUAGACUGUACAUGGGAUUGUGCAGCCAU